AUGGCGCGGUCACGUCUGCCCCAAAGAUCAGUGGGGUUGAUUCUCGAGCCAGCGGCGGGGGGCUGCGAAGCUAGCUCUCCUGCGUCCCCUUUCGUUCUGCGGAGCCGGGCCCCGGCUAGGCUCCUGCCCCCGUCCUGGCUGGUGGCGAUCAGGCGAGAUUCGGGCCUGGCCAACGAGCGCGGGGGCCGUCGCCCCAAGCAGCAACCGGGGAGGCAGAAGCGGCUGCAUAGGGGCGAAAGAGAGCCUGGGGUGGGAGGCCCCAAGGACCGCGGGGGGGGUCUUAUUCAGAAUGAGGGGUCUAAGACCCCAGGACACCCUGAAUGGCUGCACUCCUGCACAAAAGAAGUCCCCCUCUGUGCAGGCUGCAACCAGCACAUCGCGGACCGCUUCAUCCUGAAGGUGCUAGACCGGCAUUGGCACAGCAAGUGCCUGAAAUGCAACGACUGCCAAGUCCAGCUGGCGGAGAAAUGCUUCAGCCGUGGGGAAAGCGUUUUCUGCAAGGAGGACUUCUUUAAGAGGUUUGGGACCAAAUGUGCAGCUUGCCAGCAAGGGAUUCCUCCCACCCAGGUGGUGCGGAGAGCCCAGGACUUUGUCUACCACCUCCACUGCUUCUCCUGCAUCGUCUGCAAGCGACAGCUGGCCACGGGGGAUGAGUUCUACCUCAUGGAAGACAGCAGGCUGGUCUGCAAAGCAGACUACGAGACAGCCAAGCAGAGAGAGGCCGAGUCCACAGCAAAGAGACCCCGCACGACAAUCACAGCCAAACAACUAGAAACCUUGAAAAACGCCUACAACAAUUCUCCCAAGCCAGCCCGUCACGUGAGGGAGCAGCUGUCUUCUGAGACAGGCCUGGAUAUGAGGGUUGUCCAGGUUUGGUUCCAGAAUCGAAGGGCGAAAGAAAAACGCCUGAAGAAAGAUGCUGGGAGACAACGGUGGGGGCAAUACUUCCGGAAUAUGAAGCGGUCAAGGGGGAGCUCCAAGUCAGACAAAGACAGCAUCCAGGAAGAAGGGCCGGAGAGCGAUGCUGAGGUCUCCUUCACAGAUGAACCUUCAAUAUCUGAGAUAAGCCACUCCAAUGGGAUUUACAACAACCUUGGCGAAAACUCUCCUGCUUUAGGGAGGCAGGCUGGGAGCAACAGCAACUUCUCCUUGGAGCACAGUAGCAUCUCAGCUCAGGACCAGUACCACGACCUCCGAUCCAACAGUCCCUAUGGGAUACCCCAGUCACCAGCCUCCUUGCAAGCUUUGCCUGGUCACCAGCCCUUAAUGUCCAGCUUGGUUUACCCUGACAGUGGCCUGGGUAUCAUGAGCCAAAGUGGACAGACUGUGCCUCAGCCCAUGAGGGUGCUAGCAGGGAAUGGACCCAGUUCAGACCUCUCCACAGGGAGCAGCGGAGGCUACCCGGACUUCCCGGCCAGCCCUGCCUCGUGGCUCGACGAAGUGGAUCACGCCCCGUUUUGAUACAGAAUUUACUGAGCUCAUCCUGGGAAGAGCCCUUUAAACUUUGGAGAUUAAAAAUAGAAGGACAAUGUUAUUCUAAUAGGGUCGGGUGGAAUUAGCCAUCAAAGACAACUGAAGAAUUCAUUGUGCAACAUCCUUCCCCCCCCCCUCGCCCCCAAGGACUAUCCUAUGAUCAGGUUAAUGGAGGAAACGGGCCAUGAGAUCUUUUCAACCUGAUGAAAGUCCCACUGUUCCAGCUUCUGUACAGAAUGUUGCUGAACGCCUAAUAGACCUUCUCCUUUCCAGGGUUGAUGACGUGUAUUUGUGUAGGGGGAAGCGGGUGUUAAUUUUGAUUUUAAUCUGUUUUUCAUACAUCUUUCAUCAGAAGGAUUGACCUCUGUGCUCCAAGCCCAUCAGAAGUUCUUAAAAGUGUCAAGAUUGUCAUCUAUGGGUGAAAAGAAAGGCAAAAGGAAAGAAAAGGCAGAUCCUUUCAAGAGGUGAUUAUAUUGAGGAAAAGCCUUUCUGAUAGCCAGGUAGGCAACCAGGACUCUUUCCCCCUUUUCUUAAAAGAAAGAAACAGAGUGAA